AUGUUACUAACGGACCUCCCCAUGGACAUACUGGCGAUGCUCAUGAAGGAGUGUCCCCAAGAAUUGAGGCCAACAUGUCGUCUAUUCUUUAUACUUCACAACGAUCUAUACUUUGACAAAAUGUUGGAUGAAAUGGGACCUUUUGUGCUGGUCACAUUGGUCAAUAGCAAACGACAUAUAAUCAACUACAUGAAGUCCUUAGAUUAUUGGAGAGGACAUUUGAGGUCUAUAAUAAGUAACGCAUAUGAAUUACCUGUCUUGAAUUGGGAAAAUGAUUUAAAUGACGCCGAACCAUCCGUAAUCAACGAAAAGAUGAACCAUUCUAAUGUGUUGGCUUUGCUAAAUUAUCAACAUCUACGCGACAGUUGGCAAUUCGUCUACUCGUUGUUCAAGAACAGACGAUUGUUUGUGGAAUACUCCGAUUACCAGGUUGAUGAGCCCAUGAAUUACAUGUACCGACAUGUGCUCCAAAUCAAUAAAACCUAUUUACUGUACUACAAGAAGACGAUAAGACUUUCUCCUGAUAUCUACAAUAUAACAUGUGCGUUGAUUGUCAAUAAUGCUUUAGGUUUAGGAACAAUUAAAUUCCAGGUAUUAGAUCAUAAUACUGGAAAGGAGUUAUUGGUCUACUAUCCUCCUAACAACAUUAGCGAGAUGAUUCCCCAAAGGAAGUUAACUCUGUUGGACCUAGGGAAUUUUGCUAUAGCCCCCAAAUCUAAGGAAAGUCUUAUGUCACAUGGGUUGAGUUACGAUUUGAAUGAUAAUAAACUCGUUGAGGUGGAUAUAAUUCUCGAGGAAACAGGGUUGUACUUAAAGUCGGGCUUCACGCUUUGCUAUAUUGAUGUUGUAGCGUACCCAAAUAAGCAUCCAAUCAAGACACAAUAUUCACCAAAUUCGACCCUUCCGUUGCCAAGCGAUAAAUGGUUGUUUUGCUAUCAAGACGAUCACUCGUCCAUUGAACCUGACAAAGUCAUCCAUAUAUUGUUGAAAAAUUGUUACAAGUCCAUCAACAAGUGGCUUUCUCUACCUGCAUUACCUCCACUCCCACCCAAAGUGCGUCGUAUGUCGGUCGCGGAGUCACUUGUUUCAUUUGAGGAGUCCGAAGAAUCGCCAUCGUUAGCUCCAUCCUUAAUGAGCAAUUCUAGCAUGGUUGCAAGUACUAAUUCGUUUCUUAAUAUGAACGUUAACCCGAUUCUUGUUUCCGAAGAAAAUGAAGAUCGUAUUCGUGAGCUUGGGGAAAAACUUAUAGCGAGUGCAAAGAGGAGUAAAGUUAAGUACGAUUGCCUAGAUUCUAUCGACUUCCACAACUACAGCAAACUUUUUUUUUCACGAUAUGUAUGUUCCGUAAUUCCUAGAAAGGAGAAGGGUCAACUACACAAUGCUUUUUCGAGAUCUUCGUUGAAGGUAAGUGGAAAUGAGGAAGGGGAUAUCUCUGAUUACGAUGAUGAUGCCACAGAAGAUGAUGAACAACUGACUGCGUCCCUUAAUCAAUCCGUAGAUGCUGCCGACAAUUAUGCCAAGCUCCUGCAGCGUGCCAGGAUGCUUUCAAAACCGAAGGGGGAGUAUAUUCAACGAAAGUACAAGUUCAAUACUAUUAAGGACCAGCGAGAGUUUGACACUCAACGAGAGAAAGAUAUUAUAAGGAUCGAGAGCCAUUGGCAACGAAAAAGGUCGGAACUAGCUACUUUGUUGGACCUAAUUCCGAGUGUUUCUUCAAAUGAUCAAGAUACUAAUCUCUUUCAGCUUGAUGAACACCUAAGACUGAUUGCAGAGUUAGUUCAGGAUAUUAAUUAUUGGGAUAAUUCACCUCUGAAAUGGAAAUUUCCUCCGCUCUACGAACUCUCCUAG